CAGACGGCUGCGCAAUCGCCGUCCUCAAUUUUCACAUAUCCAUUUCACACUUCUCGCGCUCCUGGUAAUCGUGCGCACGACUUCACGAAUUCGACAAUUUUCGCGGAAAUUCGCGAAAUUGAAGCAUGGACGAUGUUCUAGAGAGCUGGGAACAGAUAGAAGAAUCGGGUACUCUGGACAAAAAAUUGAAUGUUCUUCGUUUGGAUGGAGUAGAGGAAGAAUUAGAAUCUUCUAGAUGUAAGACCAGUAAUAGUACAAACACAAGAAUGAUUAUAUUGGGAGAUGAUGGUAUCAGGUCUCAAUAUAUACCACCCAAACCCACAGUUAAGAUAUUAAAAAGACCAACUGCAGACUUGCGUGGAAGUGGUGAUGGACUAUUAAUGAAUGGUGAUAAACCUAAACAACCUAUUAAAUCUUUAAAACAGAGGGAACAGGAAUAUGCAGAGGCGCGAAAGAGAAUCAUGGGAGAGGAAAAAAGCCCUGAGGAGAAAUCCAUACAAGAGAUUAACAAGAUUCAGCCAAAGUCAAACGCACCAAGUAGCAGUGGCCUUCCGAACAAUAUCGUUCGCAUGCCCACAGGUCCUGACGGUACACGAGGUUUCAACGUGCGCAGGUAGCGUGUCUUCCAAGGAUCAGCUGUUUCCACCCGUUUUCUUCCUCUCUUCCCUUCCUGUUGCUACAGCGAAGGGAGAGGUCGGCUAUGAGGCCGAUUUACGGAGCAGCUUCACGUUCUGCGUACUGAAGCAAGUAACCUCGAAGCUGCACCCUACGAGUCGCCAUCACGCGCGGACCACAUUUGCAGGGUCGAGAUUAUGGACUUAUCAAAACAGAGAAGAGAGAGAAAGAGAGAGAGAGAGAGAGAGAGAGAGAGAGAGA